AUGUUAUCUGAAUACUCAUCAAAAUCGGCUCAAGCACCGUUUCAUACAUUUCCACUUGUAAGUGUUGUGCAACAGCAAGAAGCUUGGGCUGGGUUACAAAAUCUUAAUAAAGAAACAAUAUUGUACGUAGUUCUUGAACUUGAACCAUUAGUACCUGGCUGUUGUGAUGAGGCUGAGACAAACGAUAAUAGCAGUGAUGGUAGUGGAGCCAGUGAGGUUAUUGUAGCUUCUGCUAAAGGCCUGCUGACUUUGUUACUUGAAUUGCUGGUAACAGAAUCUUGA